CCCGACAUCAUCAUCCACAAUUCCUCUCCUCGAAGGAAAUCCACAUUUAGCCGUGGGAUCUCCAAUCCAAAUAAACAGACGAGAUUUUGAACUCAUGAAGUGAACACAAAAUCCAAUCCCGGCACCUUCCUUCUCGCAGUCACACAUUUCGCAUUCAAGUUGUUCGUAGGUUGGUGUACAGAUUUGCUAUUUUAGGAGCGCCGUGUAUCUAACAUAACGGUUUAUUCUUUAUUUCCGGAUCAGUUCUCCGUAUAAUUAAGUCUUCUUUUUUUGUAUGCGACAAUAUAAAGGGAUUGAACAUACUCUAGCUUUCUUCUCAGACAUCUGCAUUUCUUUCAUUUCAUUAAUUCCCUCCACUUUUGUAUUUAUUCAUUUAUUUCUUGUCAGCUUAAUGAGACCAAAAUUCAUUUUAAAGGAGAGGACACACUUUUAGAACGACAUAAAUUUCCGAAUCAAUCAUUCCGAAAGGGUAAAGUAAUGGAGGUUUUAAGCGAGAUUUGGUCCAAAUAGUGAUCCUGGAUAGGAAGAAGGUGCCGUAAAUCAUCAUCGAUACUUCGUCUCAUAAACAACUUGUUCAUAAGAAUCCUGUCCAUCCAAGAGAUGUAUCCACCACUGGGAAAAGGUCAUCAAGUUUUUGGGAAGGACUUUUGCUCCGGAUUUGUGGAUAAGGAUGGCAAUUGGAACAAUGGGUUUUACUGCCCUCCGAUAUCUCCGGACACGUCGACGGCCAUAUUUUGCUGUGGGGACGCUGUCUUCAAGUACUGCUGUACACAAGGAGGAUCACUGCUUUCACCCGCAAACGGUGGCCCCAAUUUGACCUCACACCACACUCCAGAUGGUGACAUGGAAGUGGAUUUUUCCAAGGAUUACGACCUUUCCACCCACCUGGCUCCUGCCACGACGAUGACGACCACCACCACCAUUACUACCCCGGCAGCAGGUGAGGCUUCCGGGGACCGUGGUGGUGGUGGGACAAUUUUGAAUAUUAAAGUGGAUAUCGCCAGGAAUUCCACCGUGGCAGCAGUGAUUUGUGGAUUGGUAGCCGUAACCGUUUUGAUGAUCAUAGUGACCUGCUUUUACUGCAAGUGUUGCCUUCUCUACAAAAAACGCCGGAGUCAGCUCCAACUACCCGGAGGUCUGUACCGGAUUCCGGCCUCUUCAACCAGUUGUGGUCUAAUGAACUCUUCAAAUUCGACUACAACGCCCACCAGCAAUUUUAAUCACAGUCACAAUUCCGCCUUUGUGGCUGCGAUUCCAAUCCCUGUUUUGGACCCGUGGAGUGGUACUGCCGCUUCUCAAAACGCGAUGCCACCAAUCCCUCCUGCACAACAGCAGCCCUUAUUAUUCCCAAGUGGUCAAGGACGCCAUCAUCCGCAGCAACCAACCCUUCUCCGAAACAAUGUGGCAAAUCAUAAUAAUCAAGCCCAGAUUUUAAACGGCGGAAGAAUGUCUCGGCCAACAAAUUUAUCAUUUCCUGCUCGAAAUUCUCCCGAUAAUUCGUCGAACUCGUCCAUCUCAACAAUUUCAAGUUUUACUCCGACUUCAAGACCGCAACACCAACCGCAGCAGCAACAACAGUCAUCAAACUCUAUCUCAAUUUCAAGAACAAACUCAAUCCCGUCACAAAACACGGCCGCGAUAGCACUCCGUCUUCAAAGACAAUUAUUACAGACUCAUUACCAGAAUCAACAACAGCAACAAAAUCCGAAUAACUUAUCAUUACGGAACACGAAUAGCAAUCAUCAGCAGCAACAGGGUUACAAUAAUUAUUCUCGAAAUGGUAACAUCGCCCGAGCCGCAACAAUGACUUUGGGAAGUAAUCAAGCCCACAUACCCACAAUUUACACUGUGGGCGGCGGCGGUGGAAGAUCCUCUUAUCCAUCCGCCUCGACAAUGUCGUCACUUUUAAAUUCUGUCAGUUUCAGCCCUACCUCCAAUUCUUCUUCGAAUCAUAACAGUUUACCACCGCCCUACUUCCUGGAACAGUACAGAAUCCGGAAUCGCGUCAGGGUUCCCCGAAAUCCCCCGCUGGUACCUCCACCUUCCUCGAACAACAAUCUGCUCCCAUCCUAUAACGAGAUUCAGCAACAACUUCUCCGAGAAACGAUAUGUCACACACUUCCGAGUGAAGGUAACAACAACAACGGUACUCGAUGCCGACCUAGGAACGACACCACACAUUUUUCCACAUCUCAACAAAUUCGUCGUCAACCGAAUAACAAUCAUUCACGACGACCCAAUCACCACCACCAUGACUUGCCUGCCAACAUCCCAUCUCCAGUAUCGUCACCAGUCACACAGGCUUCACCUUUGAACGACUUGUCAGCCGCUCCAUCCAGCACGAGAAGGGGGUCAGACCGGAGUUGUAAAGGGGCCCAAGGGACCCGAGAGAAUAAUAAUAGUAAUGCCGGAUCCUGUUCCUCCCCGUCAAGCGGCAUUACUAUUAGUAGGCAGAUCACUGAGGAGAAUAAUGUUCCAGCAGAAUUUCACUCCAGUGGCAAGAUUUUGAAUACAACUCCUAUUUUACAAAACUCGCCGUUGAGGUCCAGCAGCGAAGUCAUCAAGUCUUCGCCAAGCCUUCUUCCCGAGAGGAGAAGAACGGGAGGAGGAGAAAGUAUAUGCAAGAGGAGUCAGUCGCUUGAAAAUGUUAAUGUCACAUCCGCCAAGGACGACAUGGUCGAAAAAACAGAAUGUGGUGGUGAUAUCAAUAGUAUUAGAACGGGUGGUGCUGAUAUGUAAUAAUAAUAUGUAACUUUCUCAUGUGUGAAUCGAAAUCGGGCAGAAAUGAAUUGCUUGAUGUGAUGGAAAACGGAUACAAGUUUGAGAUAAUAUUUAUGCAACGGAAGUCACCGUUCUAUUCAAAUGUCAACAAAAGAGAGAUUUCUAUUUGUGAAGGCACGAUUGUAUUUUAUCAUUCGUUUAUAUAUUUUAGAAGAUAGAUUUGCUAGAUAAAUGUUGUGCUCAAGUGUCAAUUUGUCUCAGAUUAAUAUCUAUAUAACUUUCCAUGCAUAUUUGUUUGUAAAAUGUGACAGAAAUGCAAAAAUAAAAGUUUGUCUUUUAUAAGCCGGAUAAAUAUUA